AGCAGAGCUAGCUCAUCAUAGGUCUCAGCUAGCUUCCAGACCAUCCCUGCUGUCCGGCCAGUGAAAACCAAAAAUAGACCCAGGGAACAUCCAAGACUCUAUCAGAAAUGAAUGAGGAAAGACUAACAUAUGCAGACCUGAAAUUAUCCCUGAAGAGUAAGAAGGACAGAAAACAGUCCACUCAGAAAAAGAGAGAAUAUCCAUGGCGCAUAAGUGUUGUGAUCCUGGGAACAGUUUGUCUUUGUCUUCUGAUAUCAAUCACAGUCUUAGGAUAUCUAUUUUUUCAGGCUGCUUCAAAAUUCAAAAUUCAAUGUGAGAAAGAUGCAAAUGAAAGUGCGGUCACCUCAAUGGAAGUAGUAGGUUCUUCAGGUUCACUACUUACUACAGGAAAAGGCUGCUGGACAUGUCAAGGAGGAUGGUCUUGCUGUGGAGAAAAGUGUUACUACUUUUCAGAAGAAGAAAAGACAUGGGAUAAAAGUGAGGAAUCCUGCAGAGUCCUGGGUUCUCAUCUCGCUAAGAUUGACAGCAGAGAGGAGCAGAACUUUAUUCAGGCACAAUUGAAUUACAGCUAUUGGGUUGGAUUACGUAAAAAAGGAGGUCAAUUCCGGUGGGUACACCAUAAGGAUGCAAAACUUUCUUCAGAUUUGGAUUUUCAAACAACACAUGUAGCAGAUGCAGAAUGUGGAUAUAUCAAGCCAAAAAAUCUCAACAUUGCUCAAUGUAAUAGAUAUUUCUACUACAUUUGUAUGAAGAAUUUUAUCUGCCUGAGGACUUAAGAGAAUUGGAAAAAGCACAGUUUUACUAAUUUUUUUAUUCCUUAGUGGCUAUUACUAAAAUAAAAUUUAUCCAAGU